CAAAAAAAAAAACCCUAAGUUUUGAUUCAUGGCUUUUAUUAAAUGCUCUGCUAAUGUUUCAUUGUUCUGUCUUGUUGCUAUGGCUGCAAUUAGCUUCUGCACAAAUACAGAGCACUGCUUCCGGAGUGAUAGCAAAGCCUGGUUGCCGAUAUCUGUGUGGGAAAGUCAGCAUACCCUACCCGUUUGGUAUUGGUCCUGGCUGUUUCAUAGAAUCUGGGUUCGAAAUAACAUGCAAAAAUGGAGGACCUAUGAAAGGUUUUUUAAAUGUCACAAAUAUAUCGGUACUAAACGGGGAGAUGACGGUGGAAGCACCAAUAGCCACCAGUUGUUCGGAUUCAGAUCUGGAUUAUAACAGUAAUUACUAUUUUGCAGGAUUCACUAUUUCUAGUACAAAAAACAAAUUGAUAUCUAUCGGUUGUGACUCGUCAGCACAUAUAUUUGGUUAUCCAUCUAUUGGUCUGCAGGGGUGUUCAGACUGUACUAAAAACGAAGAUGUCACUGAUGGAUCUUGCAAUGGAAUGGGUUGUUGUGAGACUUCCAUCCCAGCUGGACUAACUCUUACUAAUGUAACAGCUGAAAGACACACUCGGAAAGAUUUGAGCACUAAUAAUCCAUGUAGUUAUGCUUUUAUAGCUGAAGAUAGUUGGUUUAACUUUUCGUCAUCAUAUCUCCAAGAUUUCAAAAAUAAAGGCACCGGAAGUGUCCCGUUAGUUCUUGAUUGGACUAUUGGUUCCGGGACAUGCACUGAAGCAGCAUGUGGACCUAAUGCUGUCUGUAAAUCAGGCAAUAAUAUGGCUCCAGGUUAUCGCUGUGAUUGUAAAUCGGGCUAUGCAGGAAAUCCUUAUCUGGACACUACUACUGGUGGUCAUUGCCAAGAAAUCUCUAAUUGCAAUGACAAUUCCGCCUUGGGGUGCAGUCCUCGUAGUGAAAGCUUUUCUCCGAGUAAAGUUAACAAGAUUAUUGCUGGUACCUGCCUAAGCUUAUCUCUUCUGCUAGUAACCAGUUUUAUACUGGGGAUAUAAGAAAAAGGAGGUAUUGAAAACUCAUUCAUGUAGGAGACAAAGAAGAAGGCGAUCAAUUUCCCAAAGGCGGAACUGUGUGUCAGCCACCCUUACCCCUGGCUGCUUCCUGUAGCCUGUAAUGAAAUGGUUUACGUGAUGGUGAAUGUUAAGUGAAUCAAUGGCAGCCGUGCACUAUUUUUAUUUUGGGUGUCAUCUUUUUCUUAUUUUGGGUGUACUAUUUUUAUUAAGUGGAAGUGUGUAUUAUUAUUUUCUAUAUUUUGAUUAUUAUAAAGGGGUAACUUAUUAGGUA